AUGAUAGCCAGGAAGACCGCUCUGCAUUUGGCCUGUGCCUAUGGCCAUCCAAAAGUGGUGACUUACCUGGUAGAGAGGAAAUGUGACAUCGAUGCCUGUGACAGUGACAGUAACACCGCACUGAUUGAGGGCAACACUGCUCUACAUUUUGCAGCUUGCAGUGAAACCACAUCGUUAGCGGAAAAACUGCUUUCACACAAUGCGAAUAUUGAGGCCACAAACAAGAAUGGCCUCACACCGCUUCUGGUGGCUCAAAGGCAACACAGACUGGCAGUGGUGGAAUUAUUAGAAAAGAAAAAAACAAAUAAAGCGAUGGAUAAGCCGGCAAGCAGUGAGCCUGCGUUGCCUUCGAGGAAAGUAAAGAAGAAUGAAAAUGAACAGCGGAGCUCCACAGAAUCUGUGACUUCCUCGGUGUUUCAGCAGGCCGAUUCCAUUCCCGGGGGUCCACUACAAGUGAAGAGCGGUUGCAAGUUGAAUGACACAGAUGAAGAUGAAGGAAGGUCCACAAAGAAAAUGUCUGAUGAAAAGAGCAAGGUCAAAAAGAAGAUAAAUGGUGUGGAUGGCCUUGAUGAGUUAUCUCAGUCAUCUGAAACACCAUCAAAGAGUAGUGAGUCGCCUUACAUGCAGUAUGAGAAUAUUUUGGUGCUAUUUGAACAACUGCUAACGGAGUGCACAGAUUCUGUUAGUUUAUCAAAAAUCUGGGAUGGAAUACAGUCAUAUAAAAGAGUACUAGAACUUAAGAAGGAUCAUGAUGAAGUGCUUAAAGGAAAAAAUAAAAAAUUGGAAAAUAAGUUGAGGGGACUACAGAAGAAGCUAUCGGAAACACAAGAAGUGAAAUCACAGUUAGAACAUGCAAAAAUACAACGAGAGAAGGAACUUGGCAAUUUACGAUUAGCCGUAAAAGAAGAAGAGAAGAAGAGAAAAAACAUGGAUCAACUUUGUGAAAAAAUUAACAGACAGUUAAGAAAAAAGGAAGAACAGUAUUGUCAGGAAGCUGAAGCGAAACAACAACAUGAAGUUUCCCUUAGAGCACUAGACACGGAAUUGAAGACUGUGAGAAGUGAACUGAAUCGGUUGGAAGAAGCACAGGAUCAACACACAGGAGCGGUGCAAUCUGCGGAGAAGAUGGAAGAAUGCAUAAAAAAGCUUGAACUUGAGAAUUCUAAGUUAAAAGUUAAAAUGAAAAAACAAGUGGUGAAAAUUGAACAUCUUCAGAAAAACUUGUUGAGUGUAAAUUUGUCUGAAGAUGAUAAGGAACAAUUAAAGAAACUCACUGAGUUAAAACAAAGUCUGGAAUAUACUUUGGAUGAAGAAAAGAAGCAACAUGGUGAAUUAGAGAAAGAGCUUACUGGAUUGAAGGAACUUUUUAAAACUAUAGAAACCAAGUUAAAUGAGCAGGGAAAUGGAAGGUUUUGUUUCCCUGGAGAUUUAAAAUCCAGUGAUUUUGGAACGAACAUUUCAAGGAACACGCUAAUGCACAAGACACAAGCAACAUCUCCAGAACAUGUAGAGCAGGUAAUAGCGAAUCACGAUGCUUCAAUCAGAAAUCAGAUGGAACUGAGAAUUAAAGACCUGGAAUUGGAGCUUUCUAACAUGAAAACCCAAAAAGACUUCAAUGAAAGAGAACUGCAGAAAUAUAAGCAACUCCAUAUGGAGGAACGUGAAGUUAGAGCAUCCUUGUGCAGCGAGCUAAACCAGAUUACUCUGAGUCUAGAAGCCAUCAAAAUCAAUCUUCUGAUGGAGAAAGACAAAAGCAAAUCUUUGCCGAGGACUGUCACUACAAGACCUGUCCUAGAGUGUUCUGGUCUCAGAAAUUUGGAUCAUAGUUUGGAGCCCCACAGAAAUUUUCCUCCCAGAGAAAACUUAGGGGUUCGUACAUUAUAUGCACAGCCUUCAAACAGCACCAUGAAGGACGACCUCACAGUGAUGCACCAAGAAGUGCGUGAUUUUGUAGCUAGAAGAGUAAGACAAGCACUCCAAUAAAUCAAAGAACAUAACGUAAAGAAACCAGUAUGCUUUUUUAGUACAAAAUCCCUCGGUUUAACAGAAGAAUUGCUGAAGAAAAAGUGUCAGUUCCAACCAUCACCAGGUUCCAAGAGCUGCUGUUGCUGAUCUUAGAGCCUUUAAAUUUCCUCCCAGAAGAUUUGAUAAUAAAUCAAGUGAAGAUCUAAUUUUAGAAGCAUCACAAGAAUAUAAGGAGAUGUUAAGGAAAAGAUACAUGAUCUGAAAAGAUAACAUUUUACUUAUUGGACUUUAUAGAUAACACUUUAUUUCCCAUAAAGUGUAGGACAUGAAAACUUUGUUGAAUUAAAAAAAUUUGUAUCAUAUA